CAGCGCAGCCCAGGCGAGCGAGCGAGCGGCGCUGGGGAAAGGCAGAGCCAAGCGGGCGGACCGAGCGACUCAAGAGGGGUGGGGCGGACCCGAGACCCCCGGCCGGCGCAGCUGCCACGGAGCCGCACCUCUCUCCGUGUGGCAGGAUGCCGUGCCUUCACCACCUUCGCAGAGCUGCCUGGCUCCUCUCUCUCUGCCUCCUCCUGGCGCAGUCUCACCUCCGCGCUGCUGCGCUCCCCACUGGAAGGGGGCAGGAGGAGGAGGCCCGCCCAGGCGGCGGAGGCGGCGACAACGACCGCGAGUCACCCCAGCCUGAAAACUCGCCAGCCGGCCGGGCGAUCCUACCGGGACCCCUAGGCCCCGAAGACCAGAAGCGGGGCGGCCCCGACGAAGGCGACCUAUUCCAAGACGUGGACCCCAAGGCCUUGGCCGCGGUCCUCCUGCAAGCGCUCCAGGCCGAGGCCGGCAAGCCCAGCAGCGGGCAGAGCCUGAACCCGGAGCCCAGCGCCAACGAGGAGCGGGUGCGCAGCGAGACCAAGAGCUCCGACGCGCAGGAGCAGCCGGAAAAGAAGGCGCAGGGGCCGGGCUGGGGGGCUGGCGAAGACGGAGGCCGAAAGCAAGAGGAGCAGGAGCUGGAGGAACAGGGGGAGGCUGGGGAGAUAAGCUUCGGGCAGCAGGAGUUGGACGCCCUCAAGUCCAUGCUGGAGGAGCUGCAGCGCUACAGCUCGGCCGCCAAGAGGGCGGAGCCCCCCCAGGGCCCGGAGGGGCCCCAGGAGCGGGAAGACGUCCUCAAGGAGCUGGAGGAGUACGAGCGGCUGAGGGUGCACGCCAAGCGCAGCCAGGCGCCCCCGGGAGGAGAGCCCUGGGACGGGGCGCGCAAGCUGCGCCAGCAGCAGCACCUGGAGCACCAGCUCCUCCAGAGGCGCUACGAGGAGCUGGCCGAGAGCCGCCGCCAGGCGGAGGAGGCGCGGAGGGCGGCGGCCGAGGAGGAGCGCCUGGCGGACAUGGCCUCCGACCUGCUGCUCCAGUACCUGCUGAAGGACGGCGAGGAGGAGGAGGAGGACGGGCGCCAGGGGGCCAACGCGCAGGAGGAGGACGAGGAGGACGACGACGACGACCAGCAGCAGCAGCGGCCGAGCGGGAUCCGCCGCAAGGGCAGCGGGCUCCUCUUCGAGGAUGAGGAGGGCAACGUGGCCGAGGACAAGCGCUCCAACGAGGCGCCCGUCGAGGAGGAGGACGACGACGACGACAUCGAUCCCAACACCAUCGACCGCCUGAUCGAGCUGUCCAGCAAACUGCACCUGCCCGCCGACGACGUCAUCGACAUCAUCAACAACGUGGAGAAGAAGAAGAAGGAGGUCCCCGAAGUGGCCCCCGCGGGAAACAAGGCCAAAGGGCCCGGAGCCCCUCCUCUGCCGCCGCCGCCGGCGCGCAACAAGCCCAAGAAGGCGCCCGCCUACGCCGUCUACCGCCCGGAGCCGCGGCCCCCGCAGAAGCCCUACUACCCUCCGGCGGACUACAAGUCCUACCACCACCGCCACCUACCCAAGCAGAACGAGGCGGCGUGGAACGAGGUGCUGAAAGGGGACGAGUACCCGGCGCCCAAAUGGUACCCGGCCCGGCCCAGCGGCAGCAGCAGCAGCCACAGAGGAGGCGGCGGAGGCGGCAGCAGCAACUACGCGGGCAGCAACAAGAUCUCCAACUACAUUAACCCGCGGACUUUCCAGCCUCCGCCCUACGCGCGCUACCGCGGCCCCUUCCCCGGCGCCGUAGUGCCCCGGGAGGAGUACUACGACGACGGCCAGGCCCGCGAGGAGGAGGAGGACGGCGGCGAGGACGAGGAGCUGCAGAACUACAUCGAGACGAUGCUGAUGAAGCGCCCCAAGGCUUUCCAGUGAGAGCCGCCCCCCGGGGGUCCCCAUCCGCCCCUCUCCUCUCCCCCCGCCCAGAGAAACUUUGCCAUCCACCGUGUUUCCGACAUAAAAUUCAGGUUCUUGCAUGAGUCAGGAGAACAGAGUCUCCCCCGCCGAGCGAAAGGUCCGCGCGGAGGACGUCCGGUUGCGACCCCACCCUCCUACUCC